AGCCGCAUUACCGGUAUCACUACUAGUCUGCGGAUCGCACCGGUCGGCCGUAACCAAGAACAGAAAAGACAAGACCGAGCAGUGCGAGAUGGCUCUCUUGCUGCGAAUGGCCUGGGAUGGCUGGAACUAUCUGCACGAAGAAAUGGCCGAUCCGCGGACGUCAGAAUGGCCGUUUAUUGGAAGUUUAUUUGGCAUCGUAGGCAUUUUGUCAGUAUAUCUAUUAUUUAUUUUAAAAUAUGGCCCAGCCUACAUGAAGGACAGGCAACCUUUCAAAUUAGAAACUAUUAUGAUGGUUUAUGAUUUAGUGCAAGUAGUCAUAUGCUUUUACAUUUCUCACAG